AUGGCGCCAAGGACAGCAACGGACAGUCUGACGUCGAGGCAUAUCGCCUAUCUGGGACUCAUGCACAUGCUCGGAGCCAUGGUCCUCGACGGCGUCAUCAACUUUGCACUCGCCACAGCCAUGUAUAAGGGCACGAGCAAUCCCGUCAUGAUAUGGCCCCUUCCCAACACCCUCGCCGGCGAAGCAGCGGUCACGAUCAUCAUCCAAACAACACUGACAUGGAUCCUGGACAGACUCGCCGUCGCUGGAGACCUGAAGAAGGGUCUUGUCGCCCCACUACGGAUGCCCCGCAACGCCCACCCCUGGAUCCAAUGGUUUGUCGGACUCGACGAGCUCCAAGAGGCCCGGUCCAAGCAGCGGUACAACAAGGCAGCCGCCGGUCGCAAGGAACAGAUUCUGCAGCAGUUCAAGUUUCAUGGCAAGCGGAUUGGAGUCAUGAUUGUGGUGACUUUUUUGGUUUUUUGGCCGCUGACCAUCGGAGUCCUUUCUGCGCUGAGGAAUCAGGGAGUCGGCAAAGAUUUUAGCCAGCUCGGAGGCGAUUUUAAUGUAUGGCCGUUCCCGGAGAUCUUCAAGGGCAUCUAUGGUUUCGCCACGGGAAUCACGACGCCGUUUGUCAGCUAUAUUGCGUUGAUCUACCAGGGCGAGACGAUGAUCCGGCUGCAGAGUCUCGAGUCUGAAAGCGACGACGAGCAGUCUCCGUCGGCAGGGGGUACAUAUGGGCACAGGAACGGGUUUGAGGACGACGACGAUGAUUUGGAUGACGAUGACUUGGUCAUGCAGGAUCUCCAGCGCCGCGUCGAUGCAUAG